UGUACACACACUCAUAGUAAAUACGUCGCCGUACUGUAUUUAUUGUCACUAUGGAUACAGCGAACGUGCUGUGGAAUAACACGUCUGUGAAUGGAGAGAGCGAGACAGAGUGUGUGUACAAAUCAGCACAAAAAUCCAAUCAAACUGUCUGAAAUCAGAUAUCCCUAUGUAUGGCUGGUGCAUCCUCUGGUGGUGGCAUGGCCUUAUCGGCUGAGGAGGAGUCCUUGGUUCGGACCUUGUUGGGGCCGGGACAUGAAAUCGUUUCCGUGGAAAAGGAGGUCAAGAUCCAUGAGGAAGAAAUCCUGUUCAUCAAUGGCAAACCUCUGGCCUUGGAGGGUCCUCAAGGCGAAGAAAUCCGUCGCUGUCUCCUCAAUGGAACCAUUCCCAGUCAAGAUCUGAUUAAUCACUUACUGGAAGAGGCCGGUCUCAUCCUCCGACCUCGACAGACGGUAGUACAAUGUGACAGCAUGGUGGUGGUGUCCCACAAGGAGACCACUCUCGCAUCAGCCACAUCUACUACUACCAACCCUUCGUCUCCUUCAACCACCCAAGUACCUGAAGAACGACCAGAUGUCAAAUCUCCGGAUCCUGAAAAACCGAUCAGUUUCGAGGAUUUCCCCCGCAAGCUCGUUCACGCACAACGCCAUCCGGAGAUGCAACACACCCUCCUUCUUUGGUCGCGCUAUUUCUACUCCCCUGUCCAGUUAUUAUCGUGCCUUCAACGAGGGUCCCAUUCGGAUAAGGAAUUAUAUUCCUUAGUGUCCCGAUGGGCCCUAUGGUUUCCCGAGGACUUUGGUCACGAAGAGGCCAUGGAGAGCCUCAAGUUGUUGUUUAACGGCCUCAGCGGGCCGUUUUUGAACGGCACGGCCGACUUUCACGGCACCUCUCAUCUCUUACAGACCUUGAGCUCUCAUCUCAGUGGGUUGAAGAAGCAGGAGCACAAGGCCCAAUCUCAACUGAACCAAGCUAAGGAGAGCAUGUUGUGCCCGUUGAACGACUCGUUGGCCACGGCACAAGAGUUGACUCGUAUCGAAAUGCGGCAUCUGAACCUGAUCAGCUCGGUCGAGUUCGUCAACGUGUUCAUCCGGGAUGCCUUCAAGAAGAGGCAAGCUGUGAAGGAGGAGGACACACAGAAGAUGGACCCGUUGUUUCAAGCCCACAGUAUUGCCUCCAAUCAAACAGUAUUCUACGACAACUAUGUGAACUGGUUCAACCACCUUUCCUACCUUGUGGCCACCUCCAUCUGUGAAUGUAGUCGCAAGAAGAAUCGAGUCAUACGAAUCGAAUUUUGGAUUGAGGUAGCUCGAAAAUGUGUGGAAUUGGCCAAUUUCAAUUCCAUGAUGGGUAUCAUCAAUGGCUUGGGGCAACCGCCGGUGACUAGGUUAAAAAAGACGUGGUCCAAGAUUCAGGGAGAGAAGUUCUCAGUCUUGGAGCAUCAAUUAGACCCAACAUCGAAUUUCCGAAGCUAUCGCUCCACAUUUGGAGCGGCCAUUUCGCGUUCUGAGAACGCCUCUGACAGCAUUCAACGGAUUGUGAUUCCGUUCUUCUCGUUGUUUGUCAAGGACCUCUACUUUGCCAAAGAAACCCAACACAUGGAGGUCUCGGCCGACAAAGGCCUGCCUGUGACUCAGGCCCAACACAUUGCCAACAAGAUUAUGGAAUUUGCCCGAUGGAAGGACCUCACCUGUCCUUAUCAAAAGGACCCACUGAUAGCACACUAUUUGCUGAAAAGCAAGCCCAUGACUGAAGAAGAGCUGGAUUAUUCGUCGUUUUUGAACGAACCCCCCAUGUGUUCAUUCGAAAAGUCCAAAUACAAAGAACUGAAAGCCAAAUUCAAGACUUCCAGCAUUUGAUCGUCAUCUUUCGCAUUUUCUUACUAAGACAUUAACCACCUACCCAUCGUCAGGAAUGUAUCUUCUCCCUGAUGUUUUUGUUACUCUCUUGUUGUCGAUGUCGAGGAAAUACACACACCAGUACAAAGUGA